CCACGAUACUACAACGACAGAGUGAGCGAUCUUAAACGAUAUAACAUCUUCAUAGUGUUCUCACCAUCACUUGCUGUUUAUCAAGAAGUUUACAGGAUACGUUUUCAAGAUGUCGGUGACAUCGAGUGCUUUUUCUUCGCCAAGGAGCAGUACGUCUGAAAACUUGCUUCAUCUCGAACUUGACGAACAUUACGAUAUUCUGAAGGACUUGGGCAGUGGAACGUACGGAAAGGUGGUCUUAGCCGAAUGCAAGGACACGCAGACCAAAGUCGCUUUAAAACUCAUAGCAAAAUCCGGUACGAAAUUCAUUGACUUUCAACGUGAGUUCUUCUACACGUACUACCUGUCACCUCACAGGUCAAUCGUGAACACUUUCGAUGUUUCCUUCGAGACAGCUGAUCACUUUGUGUUCGCACAGGAAUACGCGCCACUUGGGGAUCUUUUUGACAUUAUCACACCCAUGGUUGGACUUUCUGAAUACAUUGCCAAAAACGUUAUGCGACAAGUCGCAUCAGCAUUGGAAUUUAUGCACAGCAAAAGUCUGGUUCAUAGAGAUAUCAAGCCCGAAAACAUUCUUAUCUUCGAAAAGGACUGCAGCAGAAUUAAAAUUGUUGACUUUGGUAUGACCCGAAAAGUUGGUACAAUGGUCAGAAAAACGAACCAGAGUAUUCCAUAUUCGCCGCCCGAGGUUUGUGAGGCUGUGCGGAACGAGAACUACAGUGUUGAGUGCAGUGCAGAUGUUUGGGGUGCAGCAGUGCUUCUCUUCUGUAUGGUCACGGGCAACUUCCCUUGGGAAAAUGCCAAUAUCGGUGAUGCUUACUACAACGAAUUCAGCUUGUGGCAGCGUCGCAAGACGCUGAGAAUACCGUCCCAGUGGCGACAGUUUUCGCCGAGGCUCAUGCGCCUGUUCCGGAAAAUGCUCGAACAAAAACCAGAGAAGCGGUGCGGAAUAAAGGAGGUCAACAAGUACAUGGACGACAUGUGGACGGUGAGAAGUAAGGUCAGAAGCCGUGGUGCAAGCGAGGAUGGCUUGGCAUGUAACAUGGACGAUGGACAGUUAGACGCAUUGACGGACAUGUUAAAAAAAUACGGAAUCGAUACGAAAAUUAACAAACAGUUCAGGAAAAAACGAGUGUGUGACUGGGUUAUGUCAACGUGAGGAAAGCCUCGUCAAUGGAUACUGCUCACUCGGACAUUCCAAGGUGUUUUGCUUCUUUAGGACUUAGGCUUUAUACUGCUGGCUGAUUCAUGCGUCCAGAACAGUGGCAUCCGUAAAAUGUUGCGGACAAAAACUGUGUCAGUUUAUGAGAUUUGAAACGUUUGUGCUCUGCAUAUAUUGGUGCUAUUCAAAGAACUCGGACUGGUUCGGUUGUCAAUAACUCAUUUCUCCUCAAACAUUUUUUUGCGAAAAUGCAAAUUUUAUAUCAUUAUUUUAUUCUUUAUGUUGCUGCAGGUGUCAGCUGAUCGUGAACAUUUUGUUUUCUUAAGAAAUUGUCACGAAUCCCAAAAAUGAAUCGGCGCAAACUUGAAAAUUUGGCGGUUUACUGUAGCCUAAUGUGCGGUAACUCACUGACUGAACAAGUUAAGAUAUUUAGAUUUCUUUUAAUAUCGUUGUAUUUCCCUGGGAAGACAAUUAACAAAUUUUUCUCGUACUGUAAGGGUUAAUAGCAAAUUUAAAGGCCAGGUUUUACGUUACUACAUUGUAGUGUCGACAGUUUCAUCUCUUGACUUUGCUUCUUUUGGGAAACUCCCUCGCUCUUUGUGACGUCAUUUACAAAAGUGACUAACAAUGACGAACAAGGUGUAAUCCUUUAACAAAGAACAGGUUGCAAGGCAACUCAUUGUCAUAACCAGUCUGUCGGAAAUGAUGUAAUUCGUUUUGAAUCAUCAUAUAACCGAGUCAUGACUCCGAGAGUAAGGUAAUCCCCUAAGGAAUCCUAUAAACCAGUCAUAGAAACUCUGCUGACGUCUCCUCCGAUGGCCACCAUCGACAUUCUUUCGCAGACACGUGGUUGUCAUAGCGACCGAAAUGAAAGCAUAAUGCUAAGCAUAGUCAGUGAACUACAUCAUUAUGAUAGAAAUGUUUUUCAUUUGAUAGCGUUAAGAACAUUAUACAAUUAUGAAUUAUUUCAAAAGGCUGCCGUAAUGUACAGAAAUGUGGAAAAAGUUGAAAACGAAUCAGCAGCCUACUCAAAGUCCCAACUAUUUUUUUUUAGAUUCGAUUCCUUUUUGAUUCGAAUUAUUUCUUUCCAAGACAUAUUCAAACGUCAACAGCCUACUCAAAAUAUCAAAGGAAGGGACUUCUGAUUUCAAAUUAAAAGCUGAAUAAUUUCAUUCGUUAAUUUUUUUGCGAGAAUAUUAUAAAGGUCAACAUGAGUGAAAAAGGCUUGCAUUUAUGAGGAAUGGUCUUCAAAUGUUGUAUGUUGCUUUACGUGUUAGAGCAUAGUCAUAGAAAUUUCAAUUUCAUUCAUGUAACAAUUGUCCAUCAAAUGACAAACGCUUCUACAUUACAAUGAAAACCGCAGGUGUAUCAAGAUAUGAAUCAUGCUGUCUGCCACUUAACAUGCAUCAUAGCAAUUACUCACAACAAUUCAUUUAUAGUCUUACUAAUACCAAUAUCCAACUAUUUGAAUUAGUAAUAGAAUUUAAUGGAAUCCCAUUUGAAUAAGCGAUAGCAUUAAACGGAAUCUAACUGCUAAUGCAUUCUCUGAAUUUCGAAUCUAACGGUCUACGAAUUCAUUGCCACGAUCAAUAUGUACUACCUUGUUAACCUACCUGCUACCGCGUCACUUCGCCUGUGCAUGCAUACCAGAUUACAAUGAUAUCACAUCACUGCCAUCUCUAUAGCGUUCGCUUUCGUCAUCAGCUAGCUGCUGAGGUUACAGAAUCCAGGAAAAGACUGCGCAUUGAUUGAUCACGUUUAGCAACAGUAUUACGUGUAUGAAAAUCUAUAGGUCUGAAUCAUAUCAAGGCUACGUAAUACGACAAGCGUCACGUCAUACGUUCCUGUGUUAUUUCUGGUCACAUAUCUUUUUGAUGCUGCAAUGCAAAGGUAGAAGAUCUACCUUAUUUUUGAGGGUUUUUUUUCAAAUGGAGAGUUAACUCAGAUACGGAAAACAAGCCCUUUUAAUCCUAACUUUCUGAUUUUAAAGCAUAAUGACAGUUCAAGUUUUUAACAAUACAGAACAAUGUUUAACUUUCUAUGGCUACUCUUUUAGUUGGCACUAAAAGGGGGUCACUUACCAAAAAAUGGUUUCAAAAAACGAUUUAGAAAAAAAUAAGUCUUACAUCGGUUUGAGGACAGAAUUCUUUUUUAGCUGAAAGUUGUUAAAUGAUGGUUGAACAAUUAUUUGUAUAACUUUAUAACUUUCAAUAUAAAACAGUAUAUACAUGUACUUUGGUUUUCGAAUUUCGACAUUUGCUGAUGAAUUCGGUCCUCUCAAAAACGGUCCGUGAGAGGUAGAUGUUGAGAGUGGAUGCCAAUAACAGUGUCUAUUUUGAGCAUCUGGUUUUUAAUUUUGAAAUAUAUGGCAGUUUUUAACAUUUCUCCUUUUCCCAUCCUUGUAAAGUGUGUUUCAGUCUGACUAGAAUCUGGAAAUAUGUACAUUUAUAAUCAUUUCUGCAUUUGCCUUUCUUCAAGUUAGAAUGAAACACAUUACUCCAGUAUUUGCAUGGAACAAUACAUGUAUUUUGUAUUUCAUACUUUUAUAACCUCAUUCAUAAUUUCAUUCCGAAUUUCCGAAACUGAACAACGGGAUCGGGUUGCUUUGCGUUGGCAUCGAAAUUAAAAAAUAGAUCUGUAUUAUUUUUUUCUAAAAGGAUUUCACACUGUAUUAUAGUCAUGUUUAAAAUACUCCAAAUUGGAGGAUAACAAAUGCUAUCUGAUUGUUUGCUCAGUUCGGAAGUUGCAUGAACCCAGAGGAGUUGCAUACACAUGAGGUCAUGUCCGCUAUUUCUAUGUAUCACGCAGUCGUAUCGAAAAUGAGUUUUUUUCUAUUAAAAAGAAUUGAGACAACUUUCUCUUCUAAUUUAAAAAUAACCCACUGGAAAGCUGGCUAAGUUAAAAAUACAUGACCUUCAGGACUUGCAUUUCCUUUGGUGUUUCUCAUUCAUUAUAAAGCCAUUCGCACAUUCCUUUCAUCAACUGUCAUUCAUAAUGCGUCCAUUUUAUAAACAUGACACGAUAGAAUAUUUUCAAAUUAAUCAUAUCAA